AUGGUCGGUGGCGGUGGCCACGCCGGCGUGUACGGGUCGUCCUCUUCGUCCUCUUCGUCGGCAGCGGGUGGAGGAGGAGGAGUAGGAGGGGCGGGUGGAGUAGCAGCGGAGCAGGGAGGCAGCACGCAGGUGUCGCUCGCGUCGGCAUCGCCGCCGGCCUCGUCCGGCGGCUCGGGCGCACCGGCAACGGAGCAGCAGCAGCAAUCGCAGGCGGCGCCACCGCCCGCAGCAUCGCCUGCGCCCGCGAGUUCGUCGUCUGCUGUCGCCACCUCGUCGUCGUCAGCACUGGCCGCGCAAAUUUCGGACCAACCGGAACAGCAACUGGUGCACGUUACAUUUAAGCGCGAUGAUGACGGCAUGGAAGUCACAUCGAAACCGUAG